AUGAUCGAUGGCAAUGUCGGAGGCGGUGGUAGCGAAACCGAUAUUAUCGGUAGCGCAUCUGAGAUCAUCAAAGAUCGCCUUUAUUUCGCCACAUUACGUAUACGACCUAAAUCCACUGCCAACACACACUUCUUCUCCGUCGAUGAUGAAUACGUCUAUGAAAAUUUCUAUGCUGAUUUUGGCCCGUUGAAUUUAGCCGUCGUUCAUCGAUACUGUACAAAGUUGAAUAAAAAGCUAAAUAAUCCUACGCUUGGACACAAAAGAAUCAUCCAUUAUACAACCUUCGAUCCAAAAAAACGAGCAAAUGCAGCGUUUCUUAUCGCUGCUUAUUCAGUUAUCUACUUGAAACGAACACCUGAAGAUGCAUACAAACCAUUAGUGAGCGGUAUCAAUGCUGUCCAUUCAUUUCUGCCAUUUCGAGAUGCGUCACUCGGCUCAUCAUCGUAUAAUCUUACAUUACUCGACACAUUGCAAGGACUCUAUAAGGCGAUGCUUCACGGCUUUUUUGACUUCGAAAAUUUCGACUUAGAAGAAUACGAACAUUACGAAAAAGUAGAAAAUGGAGAUUUGAAUUGGAUUGUACCUCGUAAAAUACUCGCGUUUUCCGGUCCACAUACGAAAAGUAAAAUCGAGAAUGGUUAUCCAUUGCACGCACCUGAAGCCUACUUUACUUAUUUUCGUAAACGAAAUGUGACGACCAUUGUACGUUUGAAUAAGAAGAUCUAUGAUGCCAAACGAUUUAGCGACGCUGGUUUUGAUCAUCAUGAAUUGUUCUUCAAUGAUGGUAGUACACCGAGUGAUGCGAUUACGCUGAAAUUCUUGAGUAUUGUGGAACAAGCGAAAGGAGCUGUUGCCGUCCAUUGUAAAGGUAAUGAAGACAAAAAGAAAACAAGUUUCAAACAGCCAAAUGAUCAUGUUCUUUCUUGCUUUUUGUUCUGUACAGCGGGCCUUGGUCGAACGGGUACUUUGAUCGGCGCCUAUCUAAUGAAGCACUAUAAAUUUACAGCAGCUGAGAUUAUUGCUUGGUUGAGAAUAUGCCGGCCGGGUUCUGUUAUUGGACCUCAGCAAAAUUACCUCGAAGAAAAACAAGCGUGGCUCUGGUCAUUAGGCGAUACGUAUCGAAUUAAAGACCGUCCGCGAUACAUGUCCUCGUACGGUAUAAAUUCGGCUAUGGAUACGACUGGUCUUGGUCCCCUUCGGUACUCAAUAGGAGACUCGAAUAAUAACAAUGAAGAAGAGAAUGACAAUGAAAUAACGCAAGGCGAUCGAUUGAAUGAAAUCAAAGCACGUCGUAUGCAACAGCAUCAUUCCACAGGUCCAUCACAUUGGGCAUCUCCAAACACGAAUGUGACUUCGAGUUUAACGUGUAAAUAUUGUAAUAAAACUUAUCAGUCAUCCGCAACAUUAAUCAAACAUAUGAAAAGCCAACACCCAAAUCAAUACUCAAUCACUUGUAACAAAUGUUCCAACAGAUCGUUUUCAACAAAAAAAGCUUUACAAAUACAUCAAAAUCGAGUGCAUAACAACACUAAUGCUAUCGCCGAUGGUGGUGGUACCGAUAGCUUUGAUCCAUCGUCAACAUACAAACGCGCUCAAACAGCACUGAUCUCUUCGGGCGGCGUACCACUUCAAAAUGUCUCAUCAUCGAUGACUCCAUCAACAAAUCUCCGUCGUAGUUAUACACCGGUAUCGAAUACGCCGUCGAAUGCUCUGCCAAGUUCCAAUUGGCGCAAGCCUCGGUCUUACAUUACCCCAUCGGCAUCGACUAUGAAAACUCCAACGUAUUCCAGUGGACGUUACAUGACUUCAGCAUUAAAUGAUAAUAUGGGCACAACCUUAACUAUAUCUGAUAGCGCCAAUCGUGAUCCUGUUUCAUCAGCGAUAUUGAAAACUUCUUCAAACCAACAAUAUCGCGGUAAAUCACCGAUCGCGAAUACGACUUCUUCACCCACUCAUUCUUAUUACACACGAUCAAAAUCGGUAAAUGCACGAUGA